CAGCCCCCCAUAUCAUAACGGGGGGUAUGGGCUGCAGGUUUGACCCUCUGUGGAUGCUACUGUCUCCUCCUGUCCUUGUGCUGUCUUUCUUUUCUUUUUUUUCCUCUGGUUUUCCUACUGACUGGAAGCAAACAUGUCUUUCUACAGGCAUUCAGGUCCCAGGCAUUAUCUCACCUCCACCAUGACUGACCGCUUCGACUGCUACUACUGCCGUGAUAAUCUGCACGGCAAGAAGUAUGUGAAGAAGGAUGACAAGCAUGUGUGCACCAAGUGCUUCGAUAAACUCUGUGCCAACACCUGUGCUGAGUGCAGACGCCCCAUUGGAGCCGAUGCCAAGGAGCUGCACCAUAAGAACCGCUACUGGCAUGAGGACUGCUUCCGCUGUGCCAAGUGCUACAAGCCACUGGCCAGUGAGCCGUUCAGCGCUCGGGAUGACGGCAAGAUAAUGUGCGGCAAGUGUAGCUCCCGGGAGGACGGAAACCGGUGCCAGGGCUGCUACAAGGUGGUCAUGCCAGGAUCCCAGAAUGUGGAGUAUAAGAACAAAGUGUGGCAUGAGGAGUGCUUCACCUGCUUUGAGUGCAAGCAGCCAAUCCGCACACAGAGCUUCUUGACCAAAGGUGAUGACAUCUACUGCGCUCCCUGCCAUGACAAGAAGUUUGCCAAGAAAUGCUUCCACUGCAAGCAGCCCAUCACCUCUGGAGGGAUCAGUUACCAGGACCAGCCCUGGCACUCCGAGUGUUUCGUGUGCAGCACCUGCAGCAAACCGCUGGCAGGAACUCGCUUCACUUCCCACGACAACCAUGUUUACUGUGUCGACUGCUACAAGACUGAUGUGGCUAAGAAGUGCCAUGGCUGCAAGAAUCCUAUCACAGGUUUUGGCCAUGGCACCAAUGUGGUGAAUUAUGAGGGCUACGCCUGGCAUGAGUACUGCUUCAACUGCAAGAAGUGCUGCCUCUCUUUGGCCAACAAGCGCUUUGUCAUCAACGGAGAUCAUAUUUACUGCCCCGACUGCGCUAAGAAACUGUGAACAGCACAAUGAGCUGUGCAGAGCAUCUCUAGAAACAGGAAGUUACACCACAACUGACUUAAAUCUUAUUAUUGCAAAUAAAAUAACAUUUAAAAAUAAAUCAACUUUUGAUAUUUUUGGGAACUGAAUAGCUCAGAAAUCCCAAAAAGAGUCAGUUUUGGUGAAAUGUCUCCAACAGACUAAAGGUUAUUUCAAGUAAACAUGCACUAGCUUGACUCAUUUAUCUACAUAUAUGUAAAUGCAUCUUCUGUCUGUGUUGGGGGUGGAUACUAACAUGCAAAUAUUAUUUCUUUUGUGGGAUUGUGAUAUGCACUAUUAAUCUAAUCUAAUCCAGGGUUUUUAUGAAACCAAAGCCUUUUCAGUGCCUUACUGGAAACCUUCAGAGAGAAUAAAUGCUUUUUACAUGCAUACUGCUGCUCAUACAUACCAGCUUUGAUAAAUAAUCUGUUAAGUCUCUGAAUGUUUGGAAAGAUUACGAGAAUGUUACAAAUCAGAAAAAGAAUGUCAAACAAAGAUCUAGUCUUUGAGGUUGUCGCCGAAAAAUAAUCUGCUCUUGUAUUUGAGACAUUUUGAGUGAACUUGCAGCAAAAUGAGAAUAAAAGAUGAAAUGUUCUGAAGUCUUUUUUUCUCCACAGUAAAUAAAUAAAAUAAAAUAAAAUAGGCAAAGGAAUAUUUUUGCAAGACUUUAUUGUUUAACAGUUUGUUUCUUCUCAGUACACUUUAGAUAUAUUUACAGUACAAAUUAAUUUGUAGACAGGGCGUUAUGGUUGUAAAUCUUUCAGAGAAAUAUUCAUAUUCACAAAGCUGCCCUCGUUGGGUACACUGAUUGUCGAGGCCGAGGUAAGGACAAGCUUUUUUGUUUUUUUUAGUUCACUAUAAUACAAUAAAAAUACUCAAUCUCAAGCUAAGGCACCGUUCUAUCCUAUUAAUAAAGACAAGGUACAGGACAAGGAGCAGUCGUCUGUGUACUUAAGCCCUCAAAGAUGCAGCAGGACCAGGAUUAGAUACAGUAUCUGUUCAAGCAGCAGCUACAAAAGCCUUCACCAGAUGCUACUCAUGAAGCACCCGCCCAAGUCAACAAGCCUUAGUUUUAGUGAAAGCGUCAGGAAGCAGGAAUGAUUUGGGGUAAAGUAUGUAUACAGGCAAAGCUUGGAUUAUUAACCAAGAACUCUAAAACAUCUGGGCAUGAACAAACCACAAAGACCUUUUUUAAAUCCAGAAUAUAACAGCUUUCCAUCUCUAUUGUACAGUAAAGCUACUCCUCAGUAAGUAUCAGUCGUUCUUUAAAAAUAGUGAGCAAAUUUCUGACAGUGCAAAGUGUGUCGUAUUUUCUAGAUGAAUAUUGUAUCUAAGCCAAAGCGGACAUCUCUGAAAGACAUGGUAAAUAAUUGAGGACGGUGUAUUGUGCAUUUUACAUUCUUUGAGCUUAUUAAUCAAUGCAAACAUCU